AUGAGCUCAUUGAACCGUAGCGCACGAGCGCAUAGGAGCACCAAAGUGCCCAACGCCAUUCUCAGACCUGCCCCUCCAAAUGUCGGGGCGAGUGGAAGCUCAAAGAGUGCGCGGGCAUUCAGAUCCGAGGCUGAUAAUGCCGAGGCGGAUGCUCAUUUCAGAGCCCUGAGACAGGCAGCUGAUCAGAGGGCAGAGCAGAUGGACGAAGACUCGAAUUGGAAUGAGAAACCCUUGUUAGGAGCUGUGAUUGGCUUUUCGGGACUUGGAGACCGAAAGGUGAGCACAUAGCAAGCGAAGUGAACCAGCAAGUGGGACGGAAGGGAUGACGAUUUGCGCACGCACGUCAUCGACCCCGGUCUUGUUGGCUGACACAGCAUGACGACCUUGCCGACUUGAUCGAGCAGAACCACUAUCAACAGAUGGCGAGGGAUCUCGGUGCCGAAGCGCGGUCGGAUAUGCCGGAAAAUACGCACUUUUUGCUGGCGGUCGAGCCGCUUAGCGAGAAGUGCACUAGGGCGGUGGAUGCUGGGAUCCGCAUAGUGCAGCCCAGAUGGCUGGAAGAGGUCAAGCGCCGAUGGUGUCAUGAUGAGCCCGUCGAUAUUGAUGGCGUGAGUCGAGUGGCUGGCUGCACGGCGCGAUGGCCGAUGACAUCGAAGCGUUGGUGCUUACUCGUCACUCGUGUGGCCCGCUUGUUUUGCAUCUCCAGUUGGCUACCGAAUACGCGUUGGAUACGUUCGCGACUCUCAACGUGGUGUUAGCAGGGUUUCACGAUGGUGAGUCGUCUUCCUGAGCUCGAGCUUGCAACGAAGCACCCUGCUCACUCUGUACCGGGUCCAUCUACAGCGGAGGAGCGCAGAGAUAUCCGAACACGGAUGAUCGGAGCGGGAGCAGAGUGUCCAAGAGAUACGGAUCUGGCAGCUGGCGGACACACUCACGUGCUUUGCAGCAGCACGGCCAAGUCCGAAUCCAUCACGCUAAAGAGCGUCCUCAAGUUCAAGGGCCGUGCGGAAAGGUAUAUUCGCAGGAGCGAGAAGAUCCCUACUGGAGCACCAGAUGCUGCGCAGAUGCUCAACGCAAUCGCGAUGCACUGCGUCGUGCUGGAGUGGAUGCAGGAUUCGCUGGAAGUUGGAGGUGAGUCAGCUGCUCCCGCCUCGAGAUCGUCGAGAGCUCGAUGCAUAGUGGACUGACCAAUCACAUGGUCUUCUGCAACAGGAUGUCUGGAUAGUACGAGGUAUGAAUUGAACAAAUUUUCACUGCAACCAGCCGAUCGCCGAUCGUUCAUAGAUGCCACGCUCAGAAAUCGCACACGAGUAGCUGAGGACUUCAAGGCGCGCCACGCUAGUGCUGUAGCUCGAUCUGUUGCGCAAGACGUGUCAACGGAAGGUGACGAGCGCGUGUCCAUCCAGCGGGCGACACAACAGGCAAACAAUCCCAACAUUCUGCGCAAGAUUAUCGCCCAAGCUAGCGACGAUGGCCCCGAAGGUCUUGCUCAGCCGGACAAAGCCCCUCUGGGAGGAUCCCGUGAACAUGCAUUUGGAGAUCACGGCGAGCAAUCCAAAGAGAAGGGGGCUCAAGCAGCCCAAGGGACGAAGCACAUUCAGACAGAGAUCAAGUCGUCACAGAAGGGGCCGAAGGCAGCACACUCGCCGCAACAGCAGGGCGAGCCCGCCUCAUUCAGCACUAAAGGAGUCUUCGCAGGAUUAGCAUUCACGCUGGAUCUCGUCGAAUCCAAGUUCCAAACGCGUGUGGCGGAGCAGAUUGUGCGAUACGGAGGCCGAGUGCUACCCGAUGCGCAGGCGCAUCACGCCCAGUACUGCGUGGUCGAGUGUUGUUCCAGUCCCGAAUGCCCUACAUCAUCCUCGCCCAAUGCACUGCAGGUGACAAUUUGGUGGAUCGAGCGUUGCAUCCACCUCAACAACCUGGAGCCGAUCGAUUCAACGCCUUUCGCAAGACCGAGCACUCCGUUCAUACCGCAAGCCGUUCUCAAGGGCUUGCGCAUCUCCAUCACUCAAGCCGGACACAGCGUGGACGACUCGCAGAGCUCGCGUGUACUGCAAGUUCUUGGUGUAAUACCCAGUUCUAGCUUUGGGAGAGGCAGGUACACUCAUCUAUACUGCGGAAGCGAUGAGGGUGGACCAGAGGUCUCACGCAGCGAGAAGGUCAAAGCAGCGCGGGAAUGGGGUGUCCCAAUCGUCGGCGCGGCAUUCGUUCGUAGACUUUACGAGGAAGGCAUCGUCGACCCACCAGGUGCACCUUUGUCGUCGUGUGGCGGGCAGCAAAAUAGCCAAGUGCUCCCCGACUCGCUGGCAACAACGGUGCGAAGAACUGACAGCGAGUGCUCGAACAAGGCCUCGCAGAUGACGCAAUCGAUGGCGAUGGUCCAGAUGAAUCGGCCAAAACAAGUCGCACAAAAGAAGGCGCCUCAGAUAGAGGCAGAUGUGAGCGCGUCAGCGACGCACCCUGUAACCGCCACUCAGAUCGCUUGGGAAUCGGUAAAUCAGUCCAUGGUCGGGCAGCUUGCUGCAGACGAGCUGGCUGGACUGCUCAAUGGGACGAGAAGCACCACGACGGAAAAGGUCAAGCGACCCACCUCGGCGGACCUCCUGUCUAGAAGCAAGUCGCGCAAAGGGCCACCUUCCCGCUCUGGCAGCAAGCGAGCCACGUCGAUCGGUUCUGGCACAGGAAGAGAUGGAUCGACGAGUCCUGAAAAGGGAGGCAGAGACGAUUCUGUAGACUCUGGAAGCGUUUCGCCAUCGAAGUCCCAGACUGCGGAAGGCCGAGCAGAAGAGUUGGUGCAACGCUUUGCGCAGCACGAGCCUGGCAAUUCGGAUGAGAGCAAGAUGCAGGCUACUCGGAUCUGCUGGGAAGAUCCGAAUGCUAAAAGAGGCAUGUUGCAACUACAACAAAUGAUGGCCGCUUCGAUACCUAGCAUAGCACCCACUCGCUCGCCCUGCAAAGACGAACCUUUCGCGGACCACGCCUCACCAAGGAAGACGACGAACGGCGGCAAGAGAAGCACAACGUCGGCAAACGCUGCUGCGCAAUCUUUCGAAAACGCUAGCGCCAAACGUGCUCGACUGUCGCACACAGCUGCCAAGGCGGCCGUUGUGGGAGCGAAAAACUUGUCCCCCUCCAAGAAUGCAUACGAGCUCGACGAUCAGGGCUUGACUUCUCCUAGCAGACAGGUUCUGGCGCGCAAGCAACCAAACUCGAGAGCGUAG